AUGACCCCAUUCAUCUUUAUUGUCGAAUCAUCGCUCCCUCUAUCUGCUCGAAUUAUUUUGGCAGCAACCGCACUUUCCACGAGUUCCAUCUCGACCGCCCUCGUCGGGUGGUCCGGCGCAUCCUACGUCGUCGACCUGCAAAGGCUUUCGCCAGCCGACAAUGGCGGUAUCGAAGGCAUCGAGAUGACCACGCUUACGCUCACGCUAAACACCCUCGUCACGCGUGUGUACGACGCAGACUUCCUAGUGGACACGAAGCGACCAUUUGCAAAGUGGACGCUCGCGCAAGAUUUCUUACUGCCACCCUCAAAUGAGGAUGCACUCAUGGCGGUGAAAGGUGGUGCACCAGGCGAGGAAGAAACAAUAGCGGAAACCUUUAAUUCUAGGGGCGAGAUUGUGGGACGAUGGAUUGUAAAAUGGGGAAAUGAUGGUGCAGGAACAUGUCGUGGAGUGGGAAAGGUCGUGCGAUACUUUAAUGUGCACGAAGAGCUGCUGUGA